GACCAUCCGCGUUAGAGCACGCACCUGUAAAGGGCCUGGUGGUGGUGGAGCAUCUGCCAUGGCAUGAGAGCAUUCUCCGGUUGUAUCUGCCUGCUGGGCUCGUCUCAAAGCUCAUUCAAGAGGGCGCGGAGCUGUUCCUAUCCAACCUGGACACGGAGGACAUAGACACGCCCGAGAUUGUGUGGAACGAAGACAUGAAGGAGCGCCUGAGAAGCUUCCUGGAAGCGGACCUGCAGCCAUACGUGCAGGCGAGGGCAGGGGACCCCCAUGCGGUGUAUGUGUACGAGCCCAAGCCGCCGCUUGUCUACCCUGAGCUUGCAGGCACCAUCUUUGUUGCACCUGUGUAUCUGCACAACGUGCUGGACGCUGAGAGGUUCCCGGCGCACCAAGUGUUUGACUCCACGUCCUUCCACCACAGCGUGCUCCGGAGUAUGGGCGCAUUCCACAUGCACCUCAGCAGGGGGCAGUGUGGUAGUGUGGCUGAAUGUGGAAUGUGGAAUGCGCCCAUACUCUUAAGCGUCGCAGCAGAUUCAGCACGGGGCAGUGCGGUGGUGUGGCUGAAUCUCUCUCCCCCUCCCCAGGAGUACGAGCGCAUUCUGCAGGCCACCUCAGCAGGGGGCAGUGGUGCAGUGACGU